CCCAAUUUAUUUUUGUGUAAAACAGAGCCCAUUUAAAAACUCGUCUGUGCCUUAUCACUCGAAUGUAUGAUCAAAAUAUCAGGGCUGACAUGUGUCCACUUAAGACAAUAAGUUAUAUUCUGCCCAUUUUACAAAAGUACAACAGCCUCUCGCAUAUUCUGAUUGUCGAGAUAAAGUGUAAUGACAUUUUCAGGUUUUUAAAAAUAUAUUUUGGACCCUUAAAUUUCCCGAUAUAUUUCUACUUCGGUUGCAUUCUAAAAAUAGUAAACACGUCACCAUACGUAGUCUCAUUUUGAUUGUCAACGACCAGACAAUAGUCUUGUAUCACAAGCAAUAACAUUUUAAAUUUGCACUGCAGGUACUGGCGAUUUUUGUAAGCAUACGGGUGUCAGAAAAAUCACACUAUUAGUAAUUCUGUGAGGAAUCGGUAAAACAUUUAUAAUUUUAAAACAAUUUGAAAUUAUUUCAAAUUUCUUCACAGAGAUGACAGAGUACCAUCGGUCAACGUGUUUAUUUAAUUAAAUUUGCUAUCAGGCGGAUUUGCGUGUGCUAAACUACGAAAAAUGCAAAUACCGCGAUACCGUGGAACCCGCGAUACCGUGAGAAACGAGUAUACGUUGUUCUUUUAAAAUGAGCAGUGUGCAAGGUGAUAUGAGGCAACUUUAAGCGAGUUUCUAGACAACUGCAAUCACACAAUAAAAUUCAGUCAAAAGCUGAACAAAUAACUAUUACUUAUUUCUGUUUUCGUUCCGGGUUGUUUAAAUAGUCACUUUUGUCAUCAACAUUUUGUACAGUCUAGCACAAACGACGUCCGCCACUAAACGACUUGGUUACUAAUCAUAUGUAUUUAGGUCAGUCGCUCUCAGGGAAAAAUGCCACGUCAUCAUUUAAAGUUCGAAUGCCUAAGUAGCAUUCCAUAUAUUUGAAAAAUGGUAGUGACACGGCGUACUUUGUUAGCAAUAAAACUAUAUGAAGCUAAUACAGAAUAAGAUUAAAUCUGCCGCUGAGAAUGAGUUUUAGGUUGUGUUGACUUGUUCCAAUACCCGCUAACGCUACUAAUCGAUUGGGGUUGUCGACAGCUUUGCGUGCUCACACUGCUCGCGUUGGUGGGUUCAGCUUUGCUAUUAAUAGCUGGAACUCUACUCGGCGAACACUUGCCCAUUCAGAAGAUAAAAACGUUUUUGCGUUGAAAAGGCUUUAGUACAUAAACGGACUUUGUCUAACUGGGGUUGUUAUACAAACAACAGUUGCCUAUAACGCAUAAAAUAUACGUAGGCCUACAUGCAGACGAAAUUAAAUUAAUUUGGUGAAAUGCUAAUAAAUUCAAACUGGUGUAUUAUGUCAUUCAACAAUAAUUAAACAUUUAAACAGUUCGCUAGCUCAAAAUUAAUUAUGAUUAUUUUAAACAUAUGACUGAAAUACAAAUAUAAGAAAUAAACAUUGGACAUUCACUUUAUUUCAAACAACACAGCUAGUAUAGCUGUGUUGUUUGAAAUAAAGUGAAUGUCAAUACCUGAAUCAUCAAUAGGUCAUUUAGUGCAAAAAUCAAAUAUCUAUUUAUAGAAAUGAAUAACAGACGGACGGACGGACAUCGCAUGUCAGAACGGACGUCGAAGUCAGGUUCACGAAUUUUCUGCCAAUGAGAAACCACCUAGAUUUGCAUAAUGAACAGUGCGCAUGCGUAGUGGCAGGUUUCCUUUCAGCCAUACUGGUGUAGCCUUUUGUGUACAAAGCCGAAUAACUGCUCCAAAAUGACACUGCUUUAGCAGGUUGUGAUCAUUUAUGAUGUCGGCAAUAGACACUCCUCUUGGAAGCCUAAAAGAUUCCAAAUUAGGACAGGGAUGCUCAGCAAAAAUGUCCAUGGCAAGUACAGAUGUUGAUCAUGGCAUUGGCUGCUCAGACUUGCCUGAGUUUUGCUCUGAUGCUAAGGACUCAUUCUCCGAGACCAUUAUGAAUCCAAAUGCACUGAAUGGGGAAGGAGAUCUUGUCAAUAACAGCAGUGCCAUUUCUGCCAGUCCUGGAAAACAUGGCUUGUUUAAAAAUGAUGUGUCAGGUGGCAAGGAAAUGUCAACUGACGAAAUUAUCCAUAAUAUUGAUGAGUUGUCUGCAGAUAAUCUACCUGACUCAAAAGGAUUUAGCAAACAUGUAGAUACCUUGAAUUCACCUGUGAUUAUUUUAUCAUCACCAGAUGAAAAGACCGAUUCCCAUUUUGUGAAAGAAAAUAGUGUAAAUGGUGGUCUUAAGAAUGCUUGUGUAAAGGUUGCUAAGGAAAUGUCAAUGGAUGAAAUUAUACAUGAUAUUGAUGAGUUAUCAGCAGUUUCGAAAAUGGGAAAGAAAGGUGACCAGAACUUGGAUACGGAAAUGGAGGUAGAUGAUUCUCCAGCAGAACCUACAACAGAAAUAAAAAAAAAUACUGAGGUUCAAAAAGUUAAUGUUUCAUCCGAUGAACUCAAAAAUUCUUUGGAUAAUUCAGGACAAUCAGUUUCUAUGGACACAUCUCAUGAAUGUACAGAUGCUAUUUGUGAAAACACUGUAUCAUGUAGCAAAGAUUCAAACAUGUAUAUGAAUUCCAUGGAUCAUAAUUCUGUUGAUAAUAGUUCAACAAACCAUGAACAAUCAAAGUCGCUGUCGGUUACAGGGUUAGAAGCAAAUCAUGUAUCAUCUGUCCUGGAUAAAAAUAAGACAAAACAUUCAUGUGAUAACAUUCCAUUCAACCCUUUGACGAUUCAUGACAAAGUGAGGAAUUCUAUGCGAGACAUCAUGUACAAAUUAAAACAUAGCAAAACAACUGAAUUAACUAAGACAUGUUCAAAAAACAAAUCCGAAGAUGCAUGUACAGUGAUUUCUGGCAAGGACUGUGAUACAGAAUUUAGGGCAGACUCAAAACUUUUGUGUAGAAAAGAUAAUUUAUUUGAGAGUAUCUCUGAAUUCUCCGUGAAACCAAAGCUAGAUGAAAAGAAGCCAAAUAGCCUAACAAGUGUAGACACAGAUGACAAGGAACAGACUACAAACACUGAGCAAGAUGCUAAAGAGUCUGAAAUAGGUCAGAAUUCAGAGUUACAUUUAGAACUGGACAAUUCUGAAUCAGAAUCUAAAACUGAUUCUUCAGAUUCAGUAGAAAAAGACAUUACUGACGAGACGAACAAGACAGAGUCUGGUCCUGAACAAAAGGAUGAGGGGUCUGCAGUUACUACUGAUACCUCAAAUGAUUCUGAAUCUCAACCUAAUUCAACAAAGCAUGAAGGAAUAUUUAAUGAUCAAAACAGUUUUCCUAAUUCUGUCCAAAGUAAUUCAUGCUUGAUUGACGAGUGUGAGGUGGAUAAUGCCAUAGCACUCUGUGAUGAAACAGAUGCUGACGGAUCACCACUGUCAUCUGCCUCUGUCUCAAACACGGAGCAGAUGCCAUCUUCCAAUGAUGAAUCCCAAAGUGCCAGUAGUGAAAGUCAAAAUAAUGUAGAAAAAAUGGAAACCAGUGACAUUUCCACUGACAAUGAUGUUAAUGAUCUAAAAUCUCCAGACCUUAUUUCAGAUGAAUUGAAAGAAAAUAAUAAGAAUUGUGAUUCAAAUGAAGUUGAGAAGAGCUCAAAGCAAGAAGACAUGUCUACAUUGAAAGAGGAAACUGCUGAAGAAAUCAAGGAGACAACAUCAGUUGAUGCUGCAGUACAUAAGGAGGUGAUAUCAGUUGAUACUGAAGAAAAUAAGGAGGUGACAUCAGUUGAUGCUGUAGAAGAUGAGGAGAUGACAUCAGUUGAUGCUGAAGCAGACAAGGAGGUGACACCAGUUGAUGCUGAAGUACAUAAGGAAGUGACAUCAGUUGAUGCUAAAGCAGACAAGGAGGUGACAUCAGUUGAUACUAAAGAAGAUAAGGAGGUGUCAUCAGUUGAUGCUGUAGAAGAUGAGGAGAUGACAUCAGUUGGUGCCGAUGCAACAAAUGAAAGGAAACGCUUCCAGGAAGAUGCACUUGAUUCCGAUCAGCCUCUGAAGAGGUCACGUCUUGACGAGGUGAUUGGCAAGUUGGGAUCUGUGAUAGGAAUAUCACCAGAGACAGUUGAGCAGGUUGACAGUGACUCGGAUUCGGAGGAAUCGCGACACAGCGAGUCGAGCGGGGUGAAGUCUGAGGCUGAAGAUGUCACUUCAGUGUCCGAUGAGGAGGAUGACAAGACCUCGCAGGCCACAUCUCAGUCCAGCACCAAAACAGUACGCCUCAGCAGCAAGGAGCUAGAAGUAUUAGUGCGCAGUAAGGUUCAGACUUACAUGAGUGCUCAUCGAGACGAGGAGAUUGUCCAACUACAGAAGAGGGUCGCUGAUCUCCAGGAGGCAAAUGACAAGUGGAAAACACAGGCACGUGAGCUUCAGAAACAGGUCGUGGAUCUUACAGUGUUAAAACAAAAACUCGAGAAGAGGAAGGCUGCAACAGCUGCUUUAAGACAAAUUACCACAAAAGCUAUUGGAAUACAAGUUUCACUGGAUGAACCAAAGCAGACAAUGUCAGUAGUUGCUCAAAGACUGGCUAAGACUCCUCCAAAGUCGACUGCGGCCGUUGCCUUGACCUCUGUGCUCACCCAACCGCCUCAGGCCACCCAGAACACUCUGUCUCUGAUCUCGGCGGUGAAACCCAACACGCCCACUGUAACCCUCACCAGCUCUGCCAUUGCUGCCAGAAACAGUGUGACACAGCUCCUUACAGCCACUGCGAUGCCACGCGUGAGUACGGCAAUCACCAGCGUGAGCACUCCCCCAGUUCCAUCGGCCGCUGGCGUUCGACCACAGCUCACCCAGCACCUGAACAACACACAACUCAACCAGCACAUGAAUAACGCAGCCAGCACCGUGCGCAGUUUACUGGAUAGCGCUCGCAUCGGCGACACGGUCAGACUUCAGGGAGUGCCCAACUCUAUGGGAUCCAGUUUGCUGGUCGUCAGUCCAAUAACUCCAAACACGACCCAGACGCCCGUGAACGCCAUUCCGAAGGUGAUCGAUCUGACCGCGGACGACGAUGGGCAGCUGAAGCCCGGUCAGAUGGUCCAGACUGUGCAGGUCCUUCCUCCCGGGGCCACCGCGUCUCAGCUGCGACCGGCAAACCUCCACCAGCUACCGCAGCAGGUUAUACGACAGAUGGGGCCGCAGCAGCCACGGCAACCAGGCCAGCCGCUGGCACAGGCCAUCUCCGGGGCAUCCAUACUGCUGAGCUCGCCGGCGGGGACUCAGAUCCUGAACAAUGCGGCUAACCUGAACCGUGCGGGUGGCACGUUCCAGGUGGUGACGAUCGCUUCGGGUCCCAAUAUCCGUCCAGGGACUCUGCUGACGAUGGUCCCAGCAACGUCCACGCAGCUGUCCUCUGUCAGACCUCAGGGUGUUUCCGUCGCCAAGCAGAUUUCGCCUCAAGCGAUGCCUCAGUUGCGGGCCGGUCAGCCCACGCAGCUCACAUAUACCACGACCAGUGUUCGACCUUCCGCACCAGUGCAGUCCAUGAGGCCCCCUCCACCUCUGAUGAGUGCUCCCCCACCUCAGACACAGACUAUUGUGAGGGUUAAUGUGCCACCCACAUCCAACAGCGUUCCCAGCAGUGCAGUGACCCAACCGGUCCGACAUCCUGCCCCACUACCUUCCACACCAAGUUCAAAAUCUGUCUCAGGAAAACCGCUCCCUCCAAAGCCAAGCUUAAAAAUCUCCCGGGUUAGCCAAGGUAUUGUGUUGUCGUGGAAUGUGACGAGCACCGAAAAUGUAUCGGAUAUCAGCUCGUACCAGCUGUUUGCGUACCAGGAAACCAGUUCACCGGCUAGUUCUGCUCUGUGGAAAAAGGUUGGAGAUGUGAAGGCACUGCCUCUUCCCAUGGCUUGCACUUUGACCCAGUUCCAGGACGGCAACAAGUACCAUUUCGCAGUGAGAGCCGUCGAUCAAACGGGACGAUUUGGCGACUUCAGUGAACCAAGCACAAUUCAUCUAGCAUCAAAACCAUAGCUAGCCCCCAAUAUCAUUUACAACUUGACCACAACAUAAAUGCUGGGUGGUGGUUGUUAGGGUUUAUGUGUGGGGCUUUUUUUCAAACAAAACUGUUGAUAGUAAAAACUGUUGAUGUAGCAACAUAUAUAAACUUUACAACUAGACAACAACAUCUAAUGCUGGGGUGGUGUUGUUUGGGGUUUUAUUUCAAAGAAAACUGUUGAUGAUAAAAACUGUUGAUGAUAAAAACUGUUGAUAGCCAAAACUGUUGACAGCAAAAACUGUUGAUCGCAAAAACUGUUGAUAGCAACUUUACACAAAUAGACAAAUAAAUAAAACUUUGUUGUAAUUUUAUUAAUUUGUUGUUAGACUGGGCAUUUGCUAGAAAAUACCUAAGGGGCAACCAGCACAUUGCAGAAACUGAUGGUUGACCUACAGUAUUUUAUCUAUACCGUAUAUGUGUUUUUGUAAUUAUUUGUCAUUAAUAAGUAGAGAGAAUUGACUGUGUACAAAAUGGGGCAUUUUUGUCCUUAAAAUGUUUUUACAUUUCACAAGUACAGACAAUUGACAGUUUACAAAAUGGAGCAUUUUUUACAAUCUGAUUUUUGAUGUUCACAUCUGUUUCAAUCUGGUGACUUUUUAUUAGUUCCAAAACUCAUCCCUACUCUCGGUGUUCAAGCAAAGUACAUCAAUCCAUGAAAAUGUGUUACAAAAACAACACAGAAUGGGUUAAUAUUAUGCAUUUAAAUAUUCAUUUUUGUCACAAUAUUCACCACUUUAUACAGAUCAUCUUUGUCAUUUGUCAUUUGACGGUGCAGUAAAGCAUGAUUAAUAUGACUCGGACAUGUAUCAUGUUAAAAUUGCUUCUGUAUCGCACAAUAUUUAAAAAAUCAAUUUGAUUUGAAGUGGGAGUGGGGAAUGUGGAAGGUGGCCUCCAGCAUGCACCACCCCUUUUAUAGUGUACUGUGCGGAAACUGAAUUCAAUGAAAGAAAGAAAUUACAAUAAAGCACCCCCUCUACAGAAUUUCCAGGAUCAUUAAUGACAAGGUGUUAACAGUGUUAGUUUUAUUUUCCUAAUUCUAACAAGGCAGUCUUUUAGCACUUAUUGUAUAUAUUUUGAUGGUCUAUUUUCACAUUAAAUGUCUAUCUGAGAUUCUUUGGGUUUUUGUAAUUUUAUUUGCUGUAUUAUCAGUGUAGUGUAUUAUUACUGUCACACAGUAGUAUACAGAUAGUAAAGUAAAUCUAGAGCUGGAUUAUACUUGUCGACUCGUAAUAAUCCAUAGUCCACAAUAAUACGAUGUUCUUUUGUAUAUUUUACGAAAUACUAAACAUACUACAGGAAGAAUGGCAUAAAGUUUCAGUUUUGUCAGUUGAAGAAGGAAGGAAGAAACAUUUUAUUUAAUGAUAUACUCAACACAUUUAUUUACAGUUUUAUUGAAGUAGAUAAAAUGAGAACAUGUUACUAUUGUUUAAAACUGACAUAAUAUGCUUUCAUGUGAUAAACAAGUUCUCUAACCAAAUGUGUAGCACAAAAUGUUUCCAGACUAUCACAAACAUUGCUCGAUGAUGAUAUGAUGUCACUUCUGUUUUGUCAUGCAAGAUAUUUAGGUCGAGAUGCUAAUUAUCAUAAUACAGAAAUUUCAAAAAGUGAUUCAAUGGCAACAUUAGAUAUCAUGUUAUAGAAAACAUAAUUGUUCUACUAUUUAAAAAAAAAGAAGUCAAAACAAAUAUAAUAAUUGUGUACAUAACUUCGUUUUUAGAAACAAACUAAAUUGUUUUGUUACAUAAUGUUAUUGUUAGAAGUACUUUCCAGUAUAUUUGGUGUUACGCUAUUUAAUUACUAAGGCUUCAAAAUCAUACUUUUCUUUUCCUUUUAGUUUGCUAACUGAUUAUACCUUGAGGCCAGCAGUGGCAUUGAGUGAAAAAUUAGACUAACAGGCACUAACAUAGCUAACAAAAUGAUGUGCUUUUUUUUUUUUUUUCUUUUCUUUUUUUCCCCCCGAAAGUUGGCUCAAGUCAAGUUGUUAGCAAUAGUGAGAAGUCUAAGGGGUCGUCCAUAAUUUUUAACAUUUUCACGAGCGUACAAACCGUAUGCGGGUUAAGGGACCAGCGUACGGUUUUUUUUUUUAUAAUGAAAAAUAUCUAUCAACAUUUUUCAUUUGGGGAUGUACACUUUUGAGGGGGGGUGGUCAAAAGCGUAUGGUUUGUACGCUCGUGAAAAUGUUGAAAAUUAUGGAUGGUCCCUAAGUCUCUGUAAUAUUUUGGAUGUAAUCCUAAACAAAUGUCAAGACACAGACUUGUUUAGUGUCACAGCUCAAUUAGCACCUCAUCUGUCCCGUGUUUUACUUUGGCACGAGACCAUAUAUCAACGAAUGUCGUGCCUUUUGUAGUUGACCAGUCAAAGGUUAGUCUUUAUUCAUUCAUCAAACUCUCAAAAUUAAGCACCAUCACAUAAUCCUUGCCAAUAUUUGUGCAUGGCACCGAGAUAUUGUAAAGCUGAGAGAGAGUUGUGAAGUAGGACCCUGGAGUUAGUUAUUUGACAUAAUAUAUGUUGUAAAGAUUUGCAUUCAACCCCUGCAAAUAAACUGUAUUAGGGCGACUUUUCAAGUCAUUAGUUGUAAUGGUAUUGUUACUUUUAUUACUUUCCUUUGUGACUAAACUAAUACUAAUUUUUGUGAAACAAAAAGCCAAUUAAUAUAUAUUAAGUGUUACAGAAAUUUAAAGUUAGUGUUGUAGAGUGUACAUGUGGGCAAUGCAUGGGUAUCAAACUAUAGAAAAUGGGUGUCUGGGGCCUUGGUAGUUUUUGUGCAUGUCAGACCAAACCCAGGCAUGUGAGAUUUUGUAAAGAAUACUAGAUAAUGGGAUCACAAAAAUUCUCUGUGCUCAUUAUACCAGGUUUAACGAACCAAAAACCUACAUUUUAUCAUUUAUCAGUUAUCAUCUUUUAUUUACAAGUACACGAAUACAGACUUGUGUCUCGGUUUCAAUACCUGAUAUAAAACAAAUUUGCAUACAUUACAUGCACUGUACACUUUAACUGUUAUUUGUGCACUGUUGUGCUGUGUGUUUGUAAUCUGUUACUGUCAUACUAAUGUGAAAAUAGAUUUAUGAAAAAGAAUUAAAACAUUUUGUACAUUG